UGCUGAUUGCUCACCGCACAAUCAACAAUCAAAGCAAGCUGACGACGUCCCGCACGCUUCAUCGACCAGCGUCAGCUUCGCUUGCCCUCGAGGCUCAUCCUUAGGCGGAGCGAGGUAUCGUUCACGAGAACGCUUGGAAGACACGAGUCAGUCCACGAGUGGGGUCGCUCCGAGAGCCCCAAGUUCGCAAGCGCGACCUUCUAAUCCCGGCCACCCUGCAACAUGGCCCCCGAAGACGUCAAGGGCGGUGACAGUGCAGCACAGGCGAUUUCCACCUCCAACGUCACGACAGCGCUUGGCGAGGCUGUGAUCGAUUCGGAAUGGUUGGCGUCCAUAGAUGCGGUCUAUGCCAUCUUUGAAAAGCCUCAAUUGUCUUCUGAGCAUCAGAGGCUGGCAGGGCUGGUCAAAAAGGCAGUAUCCUUGGUCGAGGAGGUCAUCCUCGAGUACGGCGUUGAGCAGGUAGCGCUAAGCUACAACGGCGGCAAAGAUUGUAACGUCCUUAUUCACCUCAUUUGCGCAGUUCUCAGGCGGACAGGGAUGCGCAAAACGGCUCCUUCCUCCAAGUCUGCGUCGCCCAAUCCUUCUCACCCCCUCCAACCUCUUCCAGCAGUCUACAUCACAUGCGAGUCACCGUUCCAGCAGGUGGAGGAUUUCGUCACUGCGAGCAGGCAGCGGUACAAUUUGGAUUUGGUCAGGGUUCGAGGAGGCAUGAGGAGCGGGCUGGAAGAUUAUCUGAGCGGCAAAGGAGAGAGGAGAGUUGGCUUUGAGACGAGCGACGAGAGGAAUAGCAAUGGACAUUUGGUCAAGGCAAUCUUUGUGGGGACGAGGCGGACAGAUCCACAUGGUCACACAUUGACGGAUCGCAAGCCAACGGAUCCAGGCUGGCCUCAAGUGGAGAGGGUGCAUCCCAUACUGGAUUGGAAUUACGCAGACGUCUGGACUUUUCUUAGGUGUCCUUUGUUUGGCAAGGGUGGAGCCGGGUCGACGAAGCAAGAAAGAGAUCGAACAGCUACAGCAGACGCAAUAGGGGUGCCGUAUUGCGUCCUCUAUGAUGAAGGGUACACAUCACUCGGCAGCACUUUCAACACCUUUCCCAAUCCCGUCUUGAGAGAUCCGAAUAGUGGGACGUGGAGGCCCGCGUACGAGCUACAAGACGAAGCGCUCGAGCGGGCUGGCAGACAGUCCCAAGCUCCAGUGAGCGUGUAGAGAUCGACUCCCAGCAUAGUUCAGCUGUAUGCAGCCCCAGAGAAGGCUGCGAUCCGGGAGACCCUCAUACCAUAGAAACACAUCAGCCUUCGAGAAGGACAGCCAAUGGCAUAGCCAUCGCUUCAUCAAAUUGCUAGUAACAAAGUAGCAUGUAUGUGGAGAAGUGACCGAGAGGUCAUCGAGAGCAGAUCAGGGGUUGCAUCUACGCUCGCUAAGCUUCGCUAAGCUUCGCUAAGCUGUGCCGGCCC